AUGGAGCCAAACAAUUUGCCGGUGAUAGCGAAGAAAUUUUGGAGCAUUGUGAGGGCGGCGCUUUUCAUGUUGAAGCAAGGUAUAUGCAAGAGGAAGCUAAUGCUUGAUCUCAAUCUAAUGCUCAAGCGCGGAAAAAUCGCCGGAAAAGCCGCAAUUCACAACCUGAUGUUACACCACGGCAACCACCACCACCACCACCUAUCCGUCUUCUCCGCCGCGGCCGCCCACCGCCGCUCCUCCUACCCCGCCCUUCCUAACGAGUACGAGUUCAGCUGCAGCAACAGCCCCGCGUACUACAAGAAGAGCAAGCACCACGCGCUGCACUUCCCGUGCGCCCACGCGCCGCCCACCGACGACGACGGCGUCGUCACCGUCAACUCGCUCAUGAAGGCCCUGGAGAUGCACGCGCUGCAGAGCGAAACGGCGUCCCCUGCGUUGCCCGGUUUCGGGCGGACUCCGUUAGUGAGGCAGCUCAGGGUCACGGACUCGCCCUUCCCGUUGCGAGACUCCGAGGUCGACUGCCACGUGGACCAGGCGGCGGAGGAGUUCAUUUCCAGGUUCUACAAAGGCUUGAGGGCUGCAAAGGAAUUGAAUAUUUAG